AAGUAAUCAACACACACACAACACCAGCCUCAUAGCAAAGAGAAAGAGAAAGCAAUGGCUGCCAAGUCUUCACACACGAUGACAAUCCCCACCGACGCUGAGCUGGUCCAGGCGCAGGCUGACCUUUGGCGCCACAGCCUCAGCUACCUCACACCAAUGGCGCUCAGGUGCGCCAUCCAGCUCGGCAUCCCUACCGCGAUCCACCGCCACGGUGGUGCCGCGUCGUUGAUUGACCUGGUUACCACGCUAUCCCUCCCGCCAUCAAAGGCGCCGUUCCUCAGCCGCCUCUUGCGGCUGCUGUCCACGACGGGGGUACUGGCGUCAAACGAGGUUGGGAUCUACAGCCUCGUCCCGCUGUCCUACCUUCUCGUGGAUGGUGUACUCGUUGAUGGAGAUGCUAGCCAGGCAGCUCUUGUGCUCUGCUUGACCUCGCGGUAUCACAUGGAGGCGGCUAUGGGGUUGGCCGACUGGUUCAAAAAGGAUAUCGCUCAACCCUUGCCAUCACCAUUCGAGGACGUGCAUGGCGCGACACUCUUCGAGGAGAGUAUGGCCGUCCUCGACCCUGAGAGUGACAAGUUAUUCAAUGAAGCUUUAGCUGCCCACGACCAUAUGGGAAUCGGUACAAUAUUGCGGGAGUGUCAUGGCCUAUUCAAUGGCUUGCAGUCGCUCACCGAUUGUUGCGGUGGCGAUGGAACGACGGCUAAGGCCAUUGUCAAGGCCUUCCCUCACAUAAAGUGCAAUGUGUUGGACCUUCCCAAAGUGGUCGAUAAAGCUCCGAGCGAUGGUCUCGUUAACUAUGUCGCUGGUGACAUGUUCCACUCCAUCCCACCAGCUCAAGCUAUAAUGGUCAAGCUUGUUCUACACUUCUGGAGCGACGACGACUGCAUCAAUAUCCUAGCUCAAUGCAAGAAGGCCAUUCCUUCCCGAGAAGCAGGAGGAAAAGUUAUUGUCAUAGACAUGGUGGUUGAUUCUUCUUCACCGAUGUUUGAAACUCAACUGUUGAUGGAUGUGGCAAUGAUGGUAUGUACGAGAGGACGACAACGGGAUGAAAAUGAUUGGAAUGCCAUCUUUAUGAAAGCAGGGUUUAGCGACUACAAAAUUGUCAAGAAGCUUGGAGCUCGUGGUGUCAUGGAAGUCUAUCCAUAAGUUUGUGAUGCAAAUGUUGUGAUGGUGACCGUUUGGUAUAAAUAAAGUACGUAGUGGUGUGCUAUAAGAAAUAAAUAAGGGAGUCUGGUGCCUUGCUUUUUAAUGGAAAACACAAUGGAACUCAAAUUAGUAGCUCAGCCCGUGCCUUGUCACAACAUAACCGGAGCGUGUAUUUAAAUUAGUUUUGAGAAGUAUUGAGUCACUCAGUGUGUGUCUGUGUACACGGUAUGUUUGUAUGCUCCAACAUGCUGAAAUAUCAAGUUUAUAUUAUGUUA